CGACGCGGUGGCGGUUUGUUGAUCAUCUCUCCGCGCUUCAAACGAGAGCGACAGGCAGGAAUUCAUUCGGCGGAGAGCAUGAACGCAUCACAGUUAUGAACGCGAUCUAACAGCAAAGAAAUCCUGGUUCAUUUAUUAAGGGCAUAGCGAAGCAGUCAUCACUAAAACCGUAUAGUUCUAGACAUUGACUCAAAUCCACACAAAAUGGGCGAUCAACGAUACGUUACAGAAAUUCCGAGUAGUUUAAAACAGCUCGCUAGAUUCGUCGUUCGUGGAUUUUACACCAUCGAAGAUGCGCUGGUGGUCGAUAUGCUAGUGCGCAACCCAUGCAUGAAGGAGGACGAUAUUUGCGAGCUGUUGAAGUUUGAACGUAAAAUGUUACGAGCUCGAAUAGCGGUGCUUAAAAACGACAAAUUCCUGCAAGUACGGCUAAAAAUGGAAACCGGUCCGGAUGGAAAAGCGCAGAAAGUAAACUAUUACUUCAUAAACUACAAAACCUUCGUGAAUGUUGUAAAAUAUAAGCUAGAUCACAUGCGCAAACGAAUGGAAACCGAAGAGCGUGAUGCAACCAGCCGAGCCAGUUUUAAGUGCCCUUCGUGUAAGAAAACUUUUACAGAUCUGGAAGCGGAUCAGCUGUUUGAUUUCACAACCGGUGAGUUUAGAUGUACAUUUUGUGGAAGUACGGUAGAAGAGGAUAGCUCUGCACUGCCAAAGAAGGACUCUCGUUUGUUGUUAGCCAAAUUCAAUGAGCAACUGCAGCCACUAUAUGACCUGUUGCGGCAAGUCGAAGAUAUCAAGCUGGCUCCAGAAAUUUUGGAACCGGAACCAGUGGACAUCGAUACUAUUCGAGGUGUUACCAAGCCUACUAAUAGACUUCCGACGGAACAAUGGUCCGGCGAAGCAACGCGGUCCAGUGGAUUCGCUGUGGAGGAAACACGAGUCGAUGUUACAAUUGGAGAUUCUGACGCGGUAGAAACAACUACGCAAAGAAAGGAUCGUCCGGUAUGGAUGACUGAGUCGACCGUCAUCACCAACGACGUGGAAGACAACUCCGUGGAAUCGAUACUCGAGAAAGCUGCGUUUACUUCAACGCAACCAUCGGCGGCGGCAACCAAUACCAACGUUAUCUCGUCUUCGCGUAGUCGUAAAGAAAACGACGAUAUUAUGUCUGUUCUGUUACAACAUGAGAAGCAAAGUUCACGAAGUACUACAAAUGACGCUAUACGUGGAUUAGGUCUCAAUAAUGAGAAUUCCAGCGAUAGUAGCGAUGACGAGAAAGAUAUCGAUAAUACAGAAGUGCCCACGGUGGAAAUCAUGGAUACAGAUUCUGACGAUGACACGCCAACCGUGACGGUAGCAGGGCGACCGUAUCCUGUAGAUGAGAUCAACGAUACGCUAAUAGCAGAAAUGACACCACAGGAAAAGGAAACCUACAUUCAGGUGUACCAAGAUCACUUUAGUCAUAUGUACGAUUAGAUAUUUUGAAAGUGAAUACGAAUAAAACAAAAUGUUGAAUUUAUACAACUUUAAAUAUGGGUUGCUUCUUAUUUACAAAACAGAUAGGAAUGUACCUUAACCCUCUACUUCCCAUGGUUGCUCUAGAGCACCAACGAUUUUCGACGAACUCGAGACAAACGGAAUUAGAUGCAUAUGAUGCAAUAGCUUUCAGAAUAUGAUUGCAAUCUCAUUAGGUAAACCCAACUGUCAUUUACUUGUUUCAAUAGUGGAACUAUUGAUAAACAAUCAAAAUAUUAUUGAUUUACAACUAAAAUUUUUUUCGUUGAUUUCGAAAAAUUUGGCCAAUUUGCAAUAACUUUUGUUCCAGUACUUUCUUCGAGAACGCUUUCUUGGCAUAGAAAUCGUCGUUCAAAGUCGUGGGAAGGAAAGGGUUAAGUAUAAUCGAAUCUUAAGGAAACUAAUAUUGCAAUAAUCCUAUUCUGUAGCUUCGAGUCGAUUCAAAUGCAGAACAUGUGUUAGGCCUCGCGUUAGGCAGUGCUUGAGAAAGGAAUAACAGAAACUUAAUAUGACGGACAUGCAGUUUUAGUCUAGUUCCAUAGACACUCGCUGUACGAAAUGAGACGGCUGAAAUGGAAAUGGCUAUAAAGCUUCUAAACAAAAUCCGCAGGUUUUGAGAUUAUUCGGGAAAUUGCUUUUCGGUAAACUGGAGUUGAAACAACAGCAUAAUUUGCGAACAUGUUCUAUUUAGUUCAUUUUAGAAUUCACUCUCGCAGAUGCAAAUGAGUUGGAUGAACGGAUGAACAUAAACAAAACAUACGUCGUGCACGAAGGCGAAAUAAGCUUAGGUUAUUUAAAUUUAGUGAAAAUAAGCGAAUUUGAGUAGUUUUUUCCACCAUUUCUGUACAAAAAGAUUGGCGAUGUCAGAGGACAUAGCCGAGGGAGUGGACACUGGUGAGUACACCGAGACAGUGCGAGCUCUCUCAUCCGGUCUUCUACAAAUGUACGAACCAACACUGAAUCAAGUCAAGAGCAAUUUAAAUGAGUUGUUGGAAAAGCAAGAGGAAAUGCAGGUUGUGAUUGCAAAUGAAAAGCUUGCUUACUCUACCCAAGAAGUCCAACAAAUCAGCGAAAUGAUCAACAAGGCAAAAGUAUACAGAGAAAAGGCUGUUCGGAUUAAGAAUCAAAUGCAUCAAAUACACCAAAGAACUAAAAGCUUACGAGCAAAGGCACUCGACAUUCAAGAACUAAAAGUUAACCAAUGUGCAUCAAAAUUGCAACAGUUACACUAUGAAGAAUCUCUGGUGGCAGGCAGUAAAAAAGUUCAAAAUCGAAAAUCUUAGCACCAACACCAGUCUUUGACGGGAACAGGUUUCGGACAACACGAAUAAUCAAACACACGUGUACCAGUUGAGGCUUUUGGCCAUUGUUGAAAGAAAACAUAACUUACAAGCAUUCACCUAUCUAAACAAUAAAAUUAUCAAGAAAAUAAGUAUAAUAGUACACUAUUUAAAAGCCUUUAGGCCUUUGUCAUUCAACGAAAACAGAUAUCCUUAGGACAAAUGUAAUAUUUUAAUCACGGUUGAUUGUAGUAACAGUUUACACAUAUAUUUAAGACAUGUGCUUUUUCAUAUCAAUAAAAUCAUCUAUGGAACUACUUA